AUGGAGAAGGAGCAGUUUGAGUUUGUGUUGGUGCCAUUGGGUCUGUUGGUGUUCUUCAUAUACCAUAUCUGGCUUGUCUACCACAUCGUACACAACCCUGUUCGAACUGUUAUCGGCCUUAAUGCCGAGUCUCGUCAUCAGUGGGUUCUUGCCAUGAUGAGUGAUCCAAUGAAGAAUGGGGUUUUGGCAGUUCAAACUAUUCGCAACAAUAUCAUGGCAUCUACUCUUCUAUCUACAACAGCCAUCACACUCAGUUCACUUAUUGGUAUUUUUGCUAGCAGUUCAUGGAGUGAUGACACGCCUCUCAUUCCUUAUGGUCGUACUUCAAUCAAACAUAUUUCUGUCACCAUUUGCUUCCUUAUUGCAUUUUUAUGCAAUGUGCAGUCCAUCAGAUACUACUGCCAUGUCAGUUUCUUGAUCACUGCUCCAACAAUCAGAGACAAAAGGGAGUAUAUGGAAUAUAUUUCUGUGACUUUGAAUCGUGGGAAUCAUGCUUGGUCUAUUGGACUUCGAGCAUUUUACUUGUCAUUUGCUUUCUUCCUCUGGAUCUAUGGGCCCAUACCCAUGUUUACAUGCUGCUGCUUGACAUCCCUUGUUUUGUUCUUCUUGGAUACAACAGCCAAAAUCACGCGGAAUCUUCAUAGUAGUAACUCAUUCAGGAAAGAGAGGGGAACUCGAGAUGUAGAGUCUGCUCUGGAACCUGAUUAUCAUCCUUUACCUGGAAACAAUUUGUGUCAAAACUCAGAUGUCAAUCAUGUAUGA